AUGGCAAACAAACAGAGAGAUAGAAGAACUAAGAAUGUAAUAGACACAUCUGCAGAUAUCCAAUCAGCUUCUAUCAACCCAUCAUACCCUGCUGAGUCGCUAGGCACUCAAGCCCUGGAAGUCAGUAUUUCUGAAUCUCUGGCCCCCAAGUUUGACACCCUCAAAUUAGAGAUCAAGCAAGAUAAAAAAAUCACAAGUGAGUCUCUUACUAACAGCACAUUAUUGGGAGAAUUCUAUCUAAAGACAUUUAAUUUAUCCGAUAACAACCAACUUGUGGUUUUCAUUGGUGUUUUGCUUAUGUAUUUAUUGGCUGUACUUGGAAAUGUUACUAUUGUCACACUUGUGUCCCUGGUGCCCCAGCUGCACACACCAAUGUAUUUAUUCUUGUGCAGCCUAUCAGUCCAGGACAUUAUAUAUAUAUCUGCUUUUUUGCCAAAGCUGUUGGCCAUCACUAUCACAGGUGACACCAGCAUUACGUUCUCAGGCUGCAUAACACAGAUAUUCCUGUUUGGAUUCUGCAUUGAUACAGAAUUUUUCCUGCUGACCUCCAUGGCUUAUGACCGCUAUGUAGCCAUUUGUGUCCCACUGCAUUAUCCUCUUAUCAUAAGUAAAAAGGUGUGUGCUCUGUUCAUCACUGUUUCUUGGUUUGGUGGCUUUCUGAAUGCAUCUGUUUUCUCUUUCAUGGUGUCUCAUUUAACCUUCUGUAAUAAACAACAAAUCAACAAUUUCUUUUGUGAUAUAAUUAUAUUCCUGAAGCUCUCUUGUAGUGAUAUCACAUAUAUUAUUAAUUUGUUUGUACCAGUGGAAACCACAGUAUUGGGUUUCUUUCCAUUUACCCUUAUAAUGAUUUCCUAUAUCUGUAUCAUAUCUACCAUCCUAAAGAUCCGAUCAUCAUCUGGAAGACUCAAGACGUUCUCCAGCUGUUCCUCCCAUCUUACAGUUGUUGUACUGUUUUACGGAACUUGUAUUAGCUUGAACGUGAAACCGAAGUCAGAAAAUUCCCUGGAAAUAGAUAAAUUGUUCUCCUUGAUUUACAUUGGUGUGGUUCCCAUGGUAAAUCCGCUGGUUUAUAGCUUGAGAAAUAAAGAGGUUUUGGAGUCCAUUAAAAGAAUUUUAAUUAAAUAA